AGGAGGGACAACUCCACCGCCCACUCGCUGAUGAUAUGCGGCCUCCGCUGUUUUCAUUCACAGCUCGGACAGGCAGGGCUGACAUGGCUGAAGACUGGAAGUCCGGUUAAUUCAAGCUACCUUACUGCUGGGGUGAAACUCCGUUGUACAAAACACGACAGGGAGUUAUCCGGGAAGCUGGCAGCAUUGUACGGCACUCGAUUCCGGCCGGAUGACAUGGAGAUCUCGGCUGAGGGAGAGGCGGAGGAGCGCAGGAGGGAGCUCUGGAAGCUACUGUCCAGCCUGAAGACCACGGUGGAGGGUCUCGUGUCUACCAACAACCCCAACGUGUGGUCACGUUACGGCGGCCUGCAGCGGCUCCACAAGGACAUGAACAACAUCCUGAGCCAUGGACUGAAGAACGAGCAGGUGUACUACAAGCAGAGAGACUACUGGCCAUUUGUGUGGUGUGUUCGCUACAUCAGCCCCCAACUAGCCUCGCACGUUGAACAGUUCAGUCACUUGGAGCCAGUACUGAGCAGUGGGAUGCAGGGCGUCGGUGAAAGCUACAAGGCUGAGCGCUGGCUGCUACACAGCUUACAGGUCCACAGGCUGUCGACUCAGCUCAGACCUCUGCUCCGGCACCUGGGACACACACGUAAAUACUACAACGAUGAUGCCUUUCUGCUGAGCGAGCCCCAUGUGACCGCCAUGUUCCAGUGUCUUGAAGCUGUGGAGCAAAAUAACCCCAAACUGUUGGCCCAAAUAGACACUGUCGGGCUGUCUCCUCUGAAGGGCCCAUCAUGUCUGGGCCUGUUGAAGAGCCAGAGCCUGUGUGUGUUGCCAGGGGCUGGAGGGGCUUGGAGGAGUGCUGACUUGGCUCCCAGAGGAGAAUCUCUAAAUCGUAGACUCACCACCUCCAACUGCUCCCUCCGAGAAGCAGUUACCACCAGCCACAGCUCUGGGCACACAACGGGAGUCGAAUCCCAAAACAGCAACAGCACAAACACUACCUCUCCAGGCAGCAGCCUGGGAGCUCCCUGGGUGUGUGUGUCCAGGCCAGAAGAGAGCGAGCCAGGUGUGACGCCCACUCCUGGCCCCGUCUCGGCCCCUUGCGUCUCCAUCACACAGUCCCCCCCGGCCACCUCCCUUCAGGCUGAUGCCGUGGACUCUGGUGACGGCGACUAUGACGUGGACGAUGGUCCGGAGUACCUGGCCAUUGGUAACCUGGGGCAACGUAGUCGGUGUGACUCCAGAAGCUCUACCCUCAGCAGUGAGCAGGACGUGACACAGGACCAGUCCGUGCCACAGUGUUCCCUGGCUCGGCCCCCACCCAGACGCUCAUCUUUCUCAGAGGGCCAGAGGGGGCCGGGCCGAGGGUCCCGAGGACACACACGCUCGUUUUCUGACACAGGGGUCAAUCAGAAACUCAGGAAUGGUAAGUCAGCGUUGAGGGAUCUCAUAUGACAAUAACUGGGGGAU